AUGUUCAACAACUUCGCCAUUCUUGUCGCUGCCGUCAUUGCCGCUGCCGGCGCCGUCUCGGCCGCCCAGAUCAACACCCCCGCUUCCCUCACCCAAUGUCAGCCUAUUCUUCUUACAUGGACCGGUGCUCAGGGCAAGACCUACGUUAAGGUCCUCCCUGCUAACCAGCCCUCGGCUACUCCUCUUCUCAGCUUCGCUCCUCAGGACGCUGGCCUCACAAGCCUUAAGUGGGUCCCUAACCUUCCCGCCAACACCCAAGUCAGCUUCGCCAUCUCGGACGACAGCGGUGAGACCAACUACAGCGCUCCUGCUACCAUCCUUGCUGGCCAGGACACCGCGUGCCUCGACAGCAACGGCUCUGCCGCCGCUGAGGGCUCUACUGCUACUACUGGCUCCUCUGGCUCCUCUGGCUCAUCUGGAUCCGCUGGCUCCCCUGGCUCCUCUGGCUCCCCUGGCUCCUCUGGCUCCUCUGGCUCCGCUGGCUCCGCUGGCUCCUCUGGCUCAUCUGGAUCCGCUGGCUCCCCUGGCUCCUCUGGCUCUGCUGGCUCCCCUAGCUCUUCCAACUCCGGCUCGUCCAGCUCGGGAUCUUCGUCCCCCGCCGGUUCCAGCAGUGGCAACUCUGGCUCCGCCAGCAGCUCCAACAAGGCUCCCGCCGCCAGCGGUUCCAACACUCCCUCCUCCUCCAAGCAGAGCAGCGGUGCCACCAGCAACGCCGCGUCGAUGGUCGGCACUGGUCUUGCUGUUGCCGCCGCCGCUGUUGCCGUCUUCGCAUAA